AUGGAAAUUAUCAUCCUCAUCUCACUUGUUGUGCUUCUUGUACUGGGAGCACUCUUUGUUAUCCCAAGAUCCAAAAACAAAGGUGAAGGAAAGGAUGCACGUUCAGCCGGAAAUGGAACGACAUCUACGAGCUAUUCAAAGAAAGAGGUGUCAACACACAACACAAGGAAGGAUUGUUGGAUCAUAAUCAAGGACAAGGUUUACGAUGUAACUCCAUACGUGGAGGAACAUCCAGGUGGUGAUGCCAUUCUAAACAAUGCUGGUGGCGAUUCGACAGAGGGAUUUUUCGGGUUUGUAACAUCUCAUAAAUAUUGUUUACAUCGUAUCCUGUCAACAUUGUUCUUAAAUGAUGAUUCGCGUUGA